AUGAGCGAGGAGAGAGGAGGUAGGAGGCAGGACAGAGGAGAUGAGGAGUUAGGAGACGAGCGAGGAGAGAGGAGGGAGCAUCGAGCCGAGCGCCUCGCAGACGAUCAGAUGAAGGUCGAGGGCGCCCCAGAGUCCAGUUCAGACCCGGAUCCCGGCUCAGAUCCCGGUCCAGACCCGGGUCCCGGUCUGGGUCCGGGUCCCGGUCCGGGCCUGGGCUCUGACAGGUGCAUGUGGCGCCUCCUGUCGGCGGUGGAGCGCUCCCUGGAGGCGGGGCGGGAGAAGGGCGACCCCACCGAGAGACAACUGAGAGUCCGACUGGAGGAACCGGAUCUGUGGAGGAGGUUCAACGCCCUCACCAACGAGAUGAUCGUCACCAAGACCGGCAGGAGGAUGUUCCCGGUCCUGAAGGUCUCGGUCUCGGGUUUGGAUCCCAGGUCCAUGUACUCGUUCCUGUUGGACUUUGCACCUGCCGACAGGUGCAGGUGGAAGUUCGUGAACGGAGAGUGGGUGUCAGCGGGGCGGGCCGAGGGGCGGGGCCUGUCCUCCGAGGGGCGGGGUCAGGCAGAGGGGCGGGGCCAGUCGGAGGGUCGGGGCCAUGGGGGCGUGUACAUUCAUCCUGAUUCGCCGAACUUCGGGUCUCACUGGAUGAAGGCGGCGGUCAGCUUCAGCAAAGUCAAACUCACCAACAGGAGCGGCCCUGCCAGCGGACAGAUUGUUCUGAACUCGUUGCACAGAUACGAGCCUCAGAUUCACAUCGUGAGCGUCGGCUCCAGACACAGACUCGUGUCCAACGUCUCCUUCAACGAAACACAAUUUAUCGCCGUGACGGCUUAUCAGAACGAAGAGAUCACGGCUCUGAAGAUCAAGUACAAUCCUUUCGCCAAAGCUUUUCUCGACGCCAAGGAAAGAAACCCAAACGCCAGAAACUUACCAGAACCUGAGACCAGAGUGGGCAUCCAGUCCUGUCCGGGCUGGUCUCUGUGUCCAGGCUCAGGAGGCGGGGCUUAUUCCUACCAUCACCAUGGAUACAAGCAUCAUGGUUACCAUGGAUACCCAGGAAGACACACCCCCUACCCCACCCCCCUGCUGCAGCCCCGCCCACAGCACCCAGUGUGUGAGGUGGACGGGUGGAGUUCUCCUCAGGCUCCUCACGGCUCCAGUCAGAUUUGUCUGUGGAGCUGCGCCGACAUCAGCCCCGCCCCCUCGCCGUGCUCCUCGCUGCACGGACCAAUCAGCGGCGACGGACUCCUGCAGCCGGCCAAUCACAGCCGAGGGGGUGGGACCACGUGGCCUCCGGGACCCACCCACUCCUUCUGA